CGUGCAUGGACGUGUUGUCCCCAAGCCACUGCCCACAAGCCCAUACAUCCACCAUGGAUGCGCUGUCCCCAAGCCACUGCCCCAACCCAAGCCAGUGCAUCUCUCCGCCAUGGAAUUGUCCCAAGCCACUACCCCAAGUCGUGCUCUUCAUCUCUCCAAUGAAGCAUUCACUCCGUUGCAACCUCGUCGGCGCUUCUGGCGUUGCAAGUCAGAUGGGGCGGGGAGCUACAGGCGGCACCGGCGCUGCGAUGCAACCUCGUCGGCGCUGCUAUGCAGCUCUCCCGGCGCACACUACAGGAUGCACUAGCGCGGAGAUGCAACCUCGUCGGCGCUGCAAUGCAGCUCUCCUGACGCACGCGACAGGAGGCACCGGCGCAGCCUCGUCGGCGCUGCUAUGUUGCUCUCCUGAUGCACGCGACAGGAGGCACCUGUGCUGCAGACCGGCGUCUGAUGAGACGCACUCGCGGUACUGCAGACGACGAUGGAGCGCCGCCGUCGUGGCUGCAAUGGAGCGCCUCGUGGGUCUUUGAAGGUCUGUCGGGGCUGCAAUGAAGCGUGCCGGGGCUACAAUGAAGGCGGCCGGAGUUGCAAUGAAGCUCUACCAUGGCUGCAAUGAAGCGCGCCGGAGUUGCGUUGAAGCUCGUCGGUGCUUCAAUGGAGCGCCGUCGGGCAUCGUCGGUGCUUCACGCCUAUUAGUGCUGCCAUGGAAGCUGCUGCACUGAAGCUUUUUGCUGUGCUCGGUGCUGCUCAUGCACCCGGUGGCUCCGGCUGAUGUGAUGCGCGGUAGCCGGUGGCUCCGGUGCUGCGAGGUCGCUGACGUAGAAGUCACGGGUGCAGACCGUCGGUGUGGCUGUGGUGGAUGGAAAAAUAGAAGAAAGAAGAGCAGAGGAAGAAAGACGAAGCCUCCCUUGUCUCUUUGGUUCGAUCGGACGGCCAAAGUAUGUCAGAUCGGACGGUCAGCUCAGAAAUAUCAUCCGGCUGAUUUGUAGCAGCAGCCUUUCCUUAAUGGAUAGGAAACCUCGGGAGCACCUCACCUCCGGUUACAAAACGCACGCAAAGAAACCAGACAUACCAAUUUUCACACCACGUACGCAUCUGCCUUCGUCUUCCAAAACCCCUCCAGCAACGCCGUACCACACAGCGCCACCGUUCCAUGGCCACGGAGGCCAUGGCCGGCGCCGUGAGGGACCUGGCCGCCCUCUCCAUGCGGUUCCUCCUCCACCUCGGCGGCAACCAAACCAACCUGGCCUUCUCCCCGCUGUCGUUCCACUAUGUCCUCGUCCUUCUCGCUGCCGGUGCCACGGGCGACACCCUCAACCAGAUCGUCUCCUUCCUAGGCCCCUCCGGCGGCAUGGCGCACGCAUCCCUCGCGUCCCAUGCAGCCUCUGCUUUCCUCGCUCGGGGCAAUGGCUCGGAGCCCGACGUCCGGUGCGGCGUAGGCCUUUGGGUGGAUUCGUCGCUCCGGCUUAGGCCUGCCUUCGCAGACAUGGUCGCCUCCCGGUACAAUGCCACAGCUCAAGCCAUGCCUUUCCAAGAAAAGCCUGACGAGGCGAGAGUUGAGAUCAACCGCUGGUUCGAGGACAGGACAGGCGGCCUGAUCAAAGAACUCAUGCCGGAGGGCCACCUCGACAGCGACACCGCCCUGGUCAUCGGCAACGCGCUCUACCUGAGAGGCUCAUGGCUGCGCCCGUUCGAUCGCGAAGACACAGUGGACGGCGACUUCUUCUUGGCCGACGGGAGCAGUGUGCGCGUGCCGUUCAUGACGAGCGGAAUCCGCCAGCGCAUCAGCUCCCAUCCAGGCUUCAAAGUACUGCAGCUGCCCUACGAUUCCGGCAGGGUCGGCGGCAGGCACAGCUUCAGCAUGCACAUCUAUCUCCCCGACGAGCGCGACGGGCUGCAGGCGCUGAUCCGCGAGCUCAGCUCCGACACGGGCGGGUUCCUGAACCGCAGCGCCCCCGCGCAGGCGGUGGAAGUGGGGUACUUCAAGAUCCCCAAGUUCAAGGUGUCGCGCAAGGUGGAAGCGUCGGACCUGCUGAAGGACAUGGGGCUGGAGCGACCGUUCUGCUUUUCACAUGACUUCGCGGAGAUGGUUGACUACUCGGAACCUCUCGCGGUGCGUAGCGUGCUACACGAGUGCGUGGUUGAGGUCGACGAGGAUGGAACCAUGGCCGCGGCGGCCACCGAAGCUCACAUCAUGACGGGCUGCUCCAUCGGAUGGGAGGAGCCGGUGCGUGUCGACUUCGUUGCAGAUCACCCGUUCCUGUUCCUCAUCAGGGAGGACGAGAGUGGCAUAGUGCUUUUUGCAGGGCAAGUCGUCAAUCCCGAGCUCUAGUUCUGCUGCCUAGAAAUCCAUGAGUGCUGUUGAUCUAAUAAAAUCCAUGAGUGCUAGCAGUGUUCUUCUCUCCCGUGUCGGGACUCGGGGUGGAAUAAUGAAUAAUAGACGGCCAUUGUCAACAGCUUGCUUGAUCCAUAAAUCUGCAUCAGUCAAAUUUGUUUAA